GGAGCGGUCACUGCGGCGCCGACCGCUGGUGAGGCCGUCGGCACGUGGUCGUCUCUGCGAGGACGCGCGCAGCUUUCGUAGCUGACGUCACAGCAGGUGUUUUCCACCGACGUCACGUCACUAACUGUGUUGCUUUACGCCUGACGUGUGGCGAGCGGAUGCAGGCAGGCGGUAGAACACCGAAAUGACGCUGUCGACCGGACAGGGCGGUUUUCUGACGAGUUCUGACUGAUAGAGAUCGAGUCACUCCUCCGCUUGGUCUGCUUCUGACAUGUGGCCUCGUGACGCCCUUCUGGUGGUUGGGCUGCUCGGGAGCGUCACACCUGCUCCAGGUGGUCGGUGGCCCAGGCACCAGGAGAGGUGUGGUGCCCCACUUCUCGUCGCUGCUUUCGUCAAUGACACCUCCCACCUGGAGAGCGGGGAGUUGUCACGCCUGGCCGCGGUGGUGCGCUGCUGUCGGCUCGCACCCCCCACCAUCCGCCACCAGCAGGGUGCGACGCUGGGCGGCGCCGAGCUCUCCGUCUCAACCGCCGCCGCCGCCGUGUGGAGGCAUUGCGACCCGCGCAGGCCCGCCAACCUCACAGACGCGUCGCCGCCGACGAUAGUGGUGCGCGCGUUGGCAGAGGCGGCGUCGCUGCAGCCGUGGGGCGGCGUCUCCGUGCGGCCCGGCGCCGGGCUGCGCCUCGACUGCGUCUUCCCACGAGACCGGGGCCGGCCCGGCUGGACGUGGACUUCCAGCCCGAGGCAGUACCUCACAGGUUGGGCGGUGACGGCGUCGGAGCGCUCCUGGAAGUACCGGCUGGCGCUGCACCGCAGCGAGCCCUCAGACACGGGCCUCUACACCUGCUCCACGCCGCGCGGACUCACCAGCAGCGUCGCCGUCGCCGUCACAGGAGAGCCGCUGUCCCCGCACGAGACGUACCUGGGCGGCAGCUACGAGGACAGUGACCUGCGGCAGAGAGCGGGGGCGGGGGCGACCCUGAGGGCGCGCUCCCGGCGGAGGCGUGGCCACCCCCGGGGCCGACGGAGGCGGCGACCCCGGCGCCACGGUGCGCCACCGGCCGCCCACUGGCGCGACUGAGCCGACAGGCGGGGGCGGCUCUUACUCGCGGAGCCAAAGACGGACAGAGUGGAAAUGUGCAUCCCUGUGUUAACACACCGUGCUGAGUACAUCGCGAACAAGGCGGUACUGUGGGACUGACGUUAAUACGUGAAGGUAACCAGUAAGAACCCAGACGUUAUAAAAAACUACUAACAUCGCCAUUUUGAUGGUAAGUCCUGAGACUACAACAAAAUGAUUACUCCACAACACAUUUCACAAGCUAUCACUACAGACAUUAACCCAAUAGAGAUGUAAAUUCAUCUCUUGAUGUCGGAAGAAUCCAACGAUGAACCGGCUCCAUUUGGACAAGGUGCAGAACGUAAAACUGCGAUUACUGCGUUGUACUCACCGCUUACUGGCGAGUGUGGAGAUUGCUUUGACGUACUCCUCUAAGCAACUGCAUCUGCAAAACCAUACAAUGAAUAGCAUUUCCAAGUGAUACAACUUUUUUCUUCGCUUGUGAAUACGUUAACGUAAGGUGUGUUUUGACCUAGUUCAGAGAAAGUUUUAAUUUUCGCUCUUUCCGUUUCUUUAAACACAUAAAUCUUGUUUAGGGAUUUAUGGUUUAUAACUUACUCGUGUAGCACCAGUUGAAGUACAGCGUUCUUUUUCUGGUAUUAAAGAUUACGAAAAGUGUACUUUCUAUACAACUUUAAUUCGUUCGUUACAUUGGUUUAAUAUGAUCCAGGAUUCGGUCUCGCCUGUAGGGGAGUCACACAUUGUUAUGUCUCCUACUUGCAGUAACUCCCCCCCUCCCCCCUCCCCUAUCGUGCCACAAAUUCCUACAAUUUUAGUAACGCCAGUAAUAAAACAGUCAAAAUUUUGUAAUAUGCUGGUUGUUUAUAAAAUAAUUUUACAAACUUUUGGGCACAUUCCUUGCAUCAUGACAAGAAAACAAUAUCAGAGCUAUGAGCGCUUGUUCACCUUUGCAACAGUGUGACUCAUGUCUUCUGCCGAAGUACUCAUAGCUCCUGAGGUAUGCAGUUUGGAGCCCUUGUUGACUGGACACUAUCUUCUUCUAUUUAGCACAUGCUACCUCCUCACAAAACAAUGAACUGCACUAGAGGAAGGGUGUUUCACAACAUAGAAGAUAAACAAGCGCACAAUUUUUUUUUAAUGAACACACCGUCGUCAUAAAUUAUGACCAAUUUUGAGAUUGAUGCCGUGCAAUGUAUGUUAAUGACAUAAAGUCAGUCACCUGAAAAUGGCAUAAAAGGCUGAAACCUGAGUCAUAAUGAAAUAAACAACAAGACAAUCAAACUGCGGUGUGUUAAUUUAAAAAUUAUUGUAUGGCUGUGGCAACAUCAAAAUCUAUUUAAGUGCUCAGUAUUUCUUAAGUUGUACAUUUGAGAACUCAUGUUUACUAGACACUAUUUUUCUGGUUUUGGUGUAAGAAACCAGCUCCAAAGAUUGUAAAAGAAUUUUGGAAACACCCUGUUUAUAAGUGGUCAGGUAUUUAAAAUUAUUUUUGGAAAUAUAUGGAAAACAACAAAUCGUAUUAGAAAAGAGGUUGCGAUAAAAACCGUUCGUUUUGAAGGAGGACAUCCAAUGACACUAAGCUUGAACUUUCUGACCCACCCGCAGGUGCUAGGGAGCAACUUAAAAUCUUAAACAGGAACCCACUAUUUUAUUGCGGAUUCGUAUUUUCCGGCGAAAGAAACUUGAUCUUCUUCUUUAACAUUUUAUCGUUGCGUUAAAAUGGGAUGAAAACUGUUGAAGAAUGAUAAUAUCUCCAGAAAUAUACAUCAUAUUAGGAUCGCAGGAACUUAGAGAGAGACUGUUCUUCUAAAAUAUUUAAUGAGAAACUUGUUUUUGUAGCAAAUAACUUGAUUCUCCAGAUCAUAAUACAUUACUUUCUCCGCAUUAUUGGUGUACUUUGUUUUACAGAUGAUACUCGACUUACCUUAAUCGCUAGGAAUCCUCCACUGAUAGACCGAUUCAACUGACCACGAUUCAUCAGAGAAAAGUAUCUGGGAAAUAAAAUCAUCAGAGGCUGCUAGAAUUUGUUUCAUCCAGUUGCAAAAAUUCAAAUGGUUUUUACAGUCAUAUCCAUGUAUGUGCAGUUAUCGGAGUAACGAUAAGUGAUUUGAAUGGAAUUUGAGUUCGCGAAAUUCCUGGAACUCAUCUGAUAUGCCGAGAGCUAAAAGCUAAUGUAGUUAUUGCAGUAAAGCUGGAUUCUUGUUAAAGAUUUUAGAAUAACUACCUUUCUAUGCUCAUGAGAUCCUAAUCUCAGGAUACCGAGAGAGUGGUUAGCACACUGGACUCAAAUUCGGGAGGACGACGGUUCAAUCCUGCGUCCGGCCAUCCUGGGUGAGGUUUUCCGUAAUUUUUCUGAAUCGCAAAUGCCGGAAUGGUUCCUUUCAAAGGGGACAUUCGAACUCUUUCCCCAUCUUUUCCGAAUCCGAUGAGACCGAUGACCUCGCAGUUUGGUAUCCUCCCCCAAACUAGCCCAACCAUCCUAAUCUGAAGUGUAUUUCUUGAGAUGAUAGCAUUUUUUGACGGUCUUAGCAUAUUUUCAUUUUUGUAGAUUAGAGCGCUCUGUAUCUUGCAGCGAUAAAAAUGUUAAGCAGAAAAGUUACGAAUUUUUCCCGAGAAAUCCAAAUCCGAAGUAAGAAACCUGCGACUGUCAUUUCAUAUUUCGAAAUGGACACUCCUCCCGCCAAUUAUGGGUGGGGCAGGGAGACAAGCUUUUUGUCAUUGGAUGUCUCCCUUGGAGACGAACAAAUUUUAUUCCAACCGUUUUUCAAUCUGAUUCGUAGUUUUCCAGAUAUUUCCAAAAAGCAAUUUCAAAUGCCUCACCCUGUAUACAGGGAGACCAGAACAAUCUGAAAAGCUUGUAAGGGUGUAGAAGUGUAGAUUGUCUGAGGAAUAACUGAUAAAAAUAAAUCGAGACGCUGCCCCAUUUCUGAGUUAUUUGGUAUUUAGUUUAGCCAAUCAGGCCGUUGCGCCCGCAAAUUCAACAGACCGCGUGAGACUAUGUCGCCAGAAGUGUUCUUCGUUCGAUUUCCUAAAACUGAAAAAGAGAACGAUACAGAAAUUGGACAUGGGACGGUAGUAAGGAUCGAACACGAAACAAAGGCUGAGCUGUCUGGUCUGCUAUCACCUACUCUGUGGAAACAAAAAAAAUGGUUCAAAUGGCUCUGAGGACUAUGGGACUUAACAUCUGAGGUCAUCAGUCCCCUAGAACUUAGAACUACCUAAACCUAACUAACCUAAGGAUCUCACACACAUCCAUGCCCGAGGGAGGAUUCGAACCUACGACCGUUGCAGUCGUGCGGUUCCGGACUGAAGCGCCUAGAACCGCUCGACCACCGCGGCCGGCUCUGUGGGGAAGACUGACACUAAUUGUAUCUCGCGGGCCGCUUGGGUUUGCACUGCGCAGCGGCCUGAUCGGCUAACUCCUAUGCUAAUUAACUUGGAAACGGCGCGACGUACCGAAAUUUUUCUUAACAACAGCCUGAGAACCUAUUCAGCAUUUUUUUGACCGUCCUGUACAUUCACAUCAGCAACAUCAGUACCCAGUACAUCACUUUAUCGUCAUAUCCAAAAAAAUUCAAGUUCCGAGCAGCACAACACUUCAAAAGCAUUCUUCCGAAAUUUUGGGAAGAACGGGUGUCACGUAAGCAAUUUAACAACUGUAAUAGUAACGAACUCUCGCCGCUUUGACACUCUCAUGAUUUACUCAAUGUAAAAUUUGUUUUCAGUAUUUCACUUAGCACUACAGCUGGACUAUGAUUAUAUGAGUGUAUAAAUGAAGGGAAUUCAGUUUAUUUCAAUAAUUUUUUUCCCUGGUUUGGAAAGUCAGUCUUUGAGUUAUAUUUCUUUCUUAGCGGAGAGUGUUUCCCUUCCUAUCUUACCUCAUUCAACAUUCUGUCGUUUGCACCUUUUACUAGUGGACUUGUGUAAAGAUGUCCGGUUUUUUGGUGCUAGUAGGUACGGUCACCCUAGGUAUAAGCGCCCAUACCUAACUAGAAUUUUACGGGCAAGUUCGUAUGAAAAUACGCGUGGGCAGACCCUCGCAUAAACAACGGAAAAGAUACCUACAUUAUAUGUAAUAAGGGACAUAAAAAUAGUAUUGCACACUAUUAUGGCAGGCCAAGUAUUUUUUAUUGAAUGGAUCACCAAGUCUCCGUAAACAAAGGAGUGAACGUUCUACCAAACGUCCAGUUAUUGGACAACAGAUACCCACUCCUUGGUCACGGAGCCAUUCGAUAACGUCCCAAACCUUGGAAAAUCCCUUUCCUCCUAGAUGUUGUUUCAAAUUGCCGAUAAGAUGGAGAUCGCCUGCUGCAAAAUGUGGACAGUACGUCGGAUCAGCAGCACCCACGUAUGUUGCUCCGGCUGACGUCGAAACAGCAUUUGCUUCAUGUACCACUAGAAGUCCAAGGUGAAUCUAUGUGUAGAUUAAACGUUUUGCCCACAAGACUCGUCCUGUCUCGCGUUCUUUAAUCUGUCGUGCCAUUUCACCUCCACUCUGUGACGCACCUGUUAGCCGUACCAUAGCAUAAUUGUGUCUGCAGGAAAGCUUGUACGUGUACUCUUUUUCUGACAAUGAGCCACACUUAUUGCGCAGUGAUCUCUGUGUGGGACGACACGAGUACACUAUUCUUUGAAGUCCUAACGUAGCUUGUUAUUUAUAAAGUUCCUUGCCAUUUUGGAAACUCUUAGUUUUCAUGCGAAAUUUAGUCUCCAAGCUGUGAAAUUUGAAAACAGGUAUGUGCAAACAUAUAAACAUUUUGCUGAGAUUUGUUUCGGGAGAGGGACUAUGACGGCAAUGGAACCCCCCCCCCCCUAAAUUCCCAAACUGGAUCCGCAUCUACCUUCGUUAUUCUGUGUAAAACAAACCAGCAUACCAGACAUAUGACCUCAUCAAGAUAUCAAAAUGCGCAAAAUUGUUUCUCAUAGCAAUCAACUUAUUCUCAUUUGAUUAUCAUUACAAGCUGGAUUUUUCAUCUGCAGACUGCAAAUGUCAGUGGGCUUGUGUAAUGAGUAGUAUAACACUGCGAAAAAAUAAGACAACCUGUGUACAGUUAUUGGCGUAAGCUUUGAACAGACAUGUUUGAAACUCUUCGUACAUGUUGUUUAUGCAGAGUGCCAAUCUCUUGAACUUCCGGUAGUUCGAAUAUAAGAAAAGAAACAUAACCAUUUCAAUCUCCUUAACAUUUCGCGUGAUGUCCACGAUGAACCGAUCAUGAAUAUUUCUGUUUCCAGUUUAGUGAAGAUGAACUGGCAUACAAUGCUUGUGCUUUGACAAACCCAUCUCAUUAAUGAGAUAUAAAUAGAAAAACACAACCUUUCAGGCAGUACAUUAAAUAGAUAUUUUAUUUUCAAAUUUAUGAAUCCCAAGUCUAUCCCAUAAGUAAUAUUACUACAGAGACGCACAGUCUCAGGUAAGAAUGUGGGACGUCAUGUUUUAAAUCCUUGUUAAGCUAUAAUUUAAUAAUCGGAAGUGUCGAAAGCAGUUUAAUUUAAAAAUAAGUUUAUUUUGUAACUGAGUACUGUACUCUGUCCCUACCUUGAAAUGGUGAUUAAAUCAAAAAUUAAAUGGAAUAACGACGGAGAGACAGAGUAUAAACAGCAAACAAUGGAAAAGACUCGCGUCAAGUGUGUACACAAAACUGCGACGAAUAUUUUUAAUCGUGUUAUUUUUUCAUAAUGCAAAACGAAGUUAAUCUCAAUUUCCUUACGUUUGAUGUGCCAUUUGCUACCGGACUAAUAAACAGAAUACCGUAUGCUUAAAAAAUAAAGAGUUUCGCGUUAUUAUCUUAAUUAAAAUCGGUUAUUUGGCAUCUGUUUUUUCAAAAAAAGCAGUUAUCCCUCACAUAUCCGAACUGCAUCUCUUGAAACCUUGACAAGCACUCUUAGCGCUAUUAUGCUUAUUAAUUAACACAUACCUAAAGAAUUCCGUCAUUUCCAUGGUAUCAGUCAUAAACCAUUUUCCGUUGUAUUUCUUCUGAAAGUACAGGUAUCUAACAGUUUGGUGACCAAAAAAACGAAUGAAAGAAAAAGGAUGAGCAAUCUGAAUAUCGCUUCAAUAUCUGCGUUUAUGGUUGAAUGAAGUAUCCUCAGGAAUAAUGUAUUCUUCAAACACAUGAUUUAUAUGAAAAGCAUUAAGGAAGUCAGCAACAGCAAGCAAAUGUAAUUCACUCUGGAAUUUUUUGUUACGAAACAAUAAAUGUGCUAAAAGAUUACGUAGGUAAUGUUGGAUUUCCGUGGUACAGUAUUAUUUCACGUUCAUUACUUGAGUCGAUACGUACGUAUGGACAUAGUUUUCUCUGUUGUGUUAAGUAUAUGUUGACCAUCGUGUGCAGUACAGCUACUCUAAAUACAACGAACAAAUAAAAUCUGUUGGCAGACUUAAACUAACCUCAUUUGCACAUUAUAAAGUGACUGCUCACAAUAAAGAUAGUAAUGAUGGUUUAGACAGUUCUCUGAAAUUGUCAUUUCAAUUACUGUGUAACAGUAAACAGAACUUGGUUCUGUCGAAACUGAACAUGUAGGUGAGCGUGUUACUGGACUGUCCAUAAUCGGAACGACUGUCAGUUCAUUUGCAGUGUGCAACAUGAACUGAAAAUGGUUUCCUUUAACACAGGAUUCAGUACUGGUUUCCUAUGAUAUUGUUAAACAUGUUCGUUUCUGUUUAGAGGAUACGUGACAACUGGUCUGGCUUAUGGAAUAUGUGUUGACUGCUUUUAGUAUAUAAACGAAAACUUAUGACACCUGAGUGGACAUUUGUAUAAAACGAACUGUAUUUAUCAGAAACAGAACUUCUUUAACCUCCCGCAUGGAUUUCUGCAGUUGUGUAAAACUGCUACACCAAUGAGUGAAGUGGUGAAAAUUAAAUAUGGCAAACCACGUCUCAUACUGAAUUCUACAAUAUCUACGAUGUGAAAUGGCUGUUAUGUAAAGAGAAUAACCUGUAUGAAUUAAUGUAUAGUUAUAGUUUAAUACAGAGUUUUAGAUAGACUGAUCAGUACUGCAGAAAGAAUUGAUGAUAUUUGUAUGAACAGUAAUCCUUUAUGUAAAACGUAUAUUCUAUUUGAAAAUAAAAAUACAAAGCUGAAAAGUAAAGCACUUUAUUUCCUGCA